CAGCAACCCAAGGAUGCGGAUGGCAACGAGCCUGAAGGUCAAGAAUGCAUUGGCGGUUCUAGCAGUAACGCUAAAGAGCUCAUCCCGGAGUCGGAAGCGGCUGACCUGGAUGGUUCGCCCAUUUUCUCUCCGGAGAAAAAUGAGGAACGCAGCAAGAGCGUGGCGGGACAAAGUGCUAGUGUUGUUCUUAUGUGCUAGCUUUGAUUUAGAUUUCGGACUUAGUGCGUUUUUUUAAUGGGGACCUUCAUCUUCUUUCGGCAUUGCUUUGUAGGGAUGUCACCAUCUGAAAUUGAAAACCAAUUUUACUCUCACACCCUUACUAAAUUUCUAAAUCUGAUCUCUUCCAAUACCUCACAGAGCGUCGAGUCAGUUUGGGCCAGCAGAUUCCGUCUCCCCCAAAGAAACGCUUGUCACAAACGAACGAAUCCAAGGAGCCGGAAGCGGAGCAAGAGAACGCUGGCACUUUUUCUCAAUUUUCUAAUGAACCUAUUCUCAGGGAUGAUCUAAAUGAGCAUGUACGUGAAAGAAGUAGACUCUUUUCUCGUGUCUCUCAAUGUAAGGAGAACAUCAAUGCAGAUAUUUCUACGUGAAGAACAACCUGUCUCGCACUUGUGUUUUUCUUUAUCUAUUUUUAUAAUCAUCUCCGUUUCCAGGUAGAGCCCAGCAAACGCCUGCUAGCAGAAGCAGCAGCGAAGACAGCAGUGAUGUCGAGAUUACCUCCAACAGCUCUUCAUCUGACGAAGAGUCUAGCGAGGUCGAGACCACCAAGCCUGCGGCCAAGACCACGGCUGCGGCCAAGACCAAGGCGGCGGCCAAGACCAAGUCCAACGUGACGGCGAAGACCAAGGCGGCUGCCAAGAAGCGAGUGGGAGGCAAGUAAAGAGCUGAAGUGGCUGAUGGUAGAAGAGGCUGCAGUGUGCGUUGCGAACUACAGAGUCAGGGCACGAAGAAGGGGGAUAUGUUGAGCAAGUCUGUUGUUAAAUACCUUGGGCGUUGGUGGGGCUUACAUAAAAAAUAUAAACAUAAAAAACAGAAAAAAAUAUAAAAACGCAAAAAAUAUAAAUAUGCUCUUUUUUUUAAAGUAGUUGAAAAAACUACUACUUAUAAUAAUAUAUUCAUACUCGCUCCACCGGAGGUGGAGUCGCUUAGUACCCCUCGUCUGGUGAAGCGGUAAGACUUCGUUGGACUUGUAUGGGGUGUAGUCUGAUGCGGUCGAAAUCCGUACUACGGGGAACCAUGGGCUAAGUAGAAACAGGUGGUGCACUAACUGAAGUCUCAGCGCAAGCAGAGAAACUCUUCCUCCCUCGUUCAUCUAUUUCGUGACUCCACCUCCGACCCUCCGUACUAUACGAGAGCGCGCGGGGUUGGUAGGCUCACGAUUCUACUAUAUAAGCUUUUCCUUAUUUAUGAAUCGUUCUAACUUUAGUAGCAAGAGGCUAGUAUGUAGAUCGUAUAGAGUUAUUGGGUAUGGUAACUGGAGGGUAGGCAGUGUUGAGCGAUCACCAAUCCUCCACUGCCCGAGCUCCACCAACGCCCGACGGAAUGAACAGCUUGAUCCAUCUCCCCACUCGAAAUAUGUUCGACUCUUCGUAUCCCUGACAGGACCUAGUCUUUGACUUAUUCGCAUGCACAUUGUAGC